AUGACAUCUUUAUAUGCUCCGUCUGCCGAUGAUGUGAAGCAGAGACUUCGACCAUUUGGUAUAUUCUUCGAAAAAUCGCUAAAGGAUCUCAUUAAGGGCAUACGAUCCAACAAUGGAACACCUGAAAAAUUGCAGCAAUUCCUGGCUCAGGCCCUCAGUGAGUGCCGAGAAGAGGCCAAUUCUCCCGACAUGAACAUAAAGACCAACGCGAUCCUCAAGUUGACGUAUCUGGAAAUGUAUGGUUUCGAUAUGUCAUGGGCGAACUUCCAUAUACUGGAAGUUAUGAGUAGCAGUAAGCUGCAGCAGAAACGGGUAGGAUAUCUUGCUGCUUCGCAGUCAUUUCAUAAGGACUCCGAUGUCUUGAUGCUGGCCACUAACUUGAUGAAGAAGGAUUUGAAGUUUGGCGGAAACUACGACGUGGUGAAGGUUGGAAUUGCAUUAAGCGGAUUGUCUACCAUCGUUACUCCGGCGUUGGCAGCGGAUAUCUGCGAUGAUUUGUUCAGUAUGCUGAAUAGUCCGAAGCCCUAUAUCAGGAAAAAGGCGGUUACAGCGCUGUUCAAGGUCUUUUUACAGUACCCGGAGGCGUUAAGAGAUAACUUUGACAAGUUUGCGGCUAAACUUGAGGAUGAUGAUACUUCUGUGUUGUCGGCUAUGGUGAGUGUGAUUUGCGAGCUUUCCAAGCAAAAUCCUAAGCCGUUUAUCCAGUUAUCGCCAAUACUCUAUGAGAUCUUGGUUACUAUAUCCAACAAUUGGAUCAUCAUCAGACUGUUGAAGCUUUUUACUAAUCUAUCGAAGAUAGAGCCAAAACUGAGACCCAAGCUUUUACCCAAGAUCCUCGAGCUUAUGGAUUCUACAAUGGCGACGUCGGUGUUGUAUGAGUCCAUAAACUGUAUUGUGAAAGGUAACAUGCUAGAUGGGCAAGAAUACGAUACGGCGAUUUGCUGCUUGGACCGUCUGCACAACUUCUGCGACUCGUCUGAUCCAAAUUUAAGGUAUAUUAGUUGCGUUUUGUUCUACAAGAUUGGUAAGAUCAAUGUCGCGUUUAUCUCUCAGUUCGACAAACUGGUGCUUCGUUUGUUGAAUGACGUUGACAUUUCCACUAGAUCAAAGGCAUUGGAGCUCGUCGAGGGUAUAGUCAACGAAGAUAACUUGCAAAGCAUAGUAUUGACGCUACUAAAACAACUUACAGAAGAAGGCAAGGCAGUUAUGAAAAUCGGUGCUUCGAGAUUCGAGUCAACGAAGGAGAUUUCGAUCGUAAUUACGGAAUCAUACAAAACAAAGAUGAUGAAUACAAUCAUCCACAUAUGUUCGAUGGAUGACUACUCCAACCUCAGCGACUUUAACUGGUACAACAGCGUUCUGCUUGAUAUUGCCAUGUUGUGCCAAGAGCUGUCAGAACCAAGAUUGGAGCAAAAAAUUGGUGAACAGUUUAGGAACAUUAUGGUCAAAGUGCCUAGUAUGAGAGAGGAUACUAUGUCAACUAUAAUAAAAUUACUCUCCACUGACAGCAUAUACACACAAAUACCAGGAGUUUUGAAAGAACUCAUUUGGAGUCUUGGAGAGUUUUCCUCUUUAAUAGACAACGGUGAUGACUUAAUUGAGUCCAUAAUAGCGAAGGACCACUAUUAUGCGCCUAGCGUUCAGCAGAUUGUAAUUAUUGCAUUGCUGAAAAUCUUCAGUCAUUGGAGCAACAAUCAUGAGCAUACCGAUCGAGCUCGAUUGAAAGGUAUAAUGAGAUCCCUUCUGCGAUAUCUAGAGAGGUUGUCCUGCUCCAAAUAUUUUGAGGUGCAGGAGCGUGCUAUUGAGUCAAUGGAAUUGCUGAAGCUAAGUAGCGAGGCGUUAAAUGAUGAUCCGGAUGGGCUUCCACUUUUGAUUAGCGAUGUGAUACCUAGUCUUUUUAACUACUAUGAGUUGAAACCGAUCUCAUCUGGGGCCCAGCAGCAGAUGCAACGUAAUGUUACAGUGGAUUGUGAAACACCUUUUUUGACUGCUGAAGAAUUGGAACAGAUUCUCGAACAGGAUGGAAAUACUAGCGUGCAUUCCGAAGGAUCUAUGGCUAGCGAUAUUAGCGAUAUAGAGCCCAGCGAAGAGAUCGCCUAUUCCAGCUCUGAUGAGAAUCAGCCGACUAAGGACUGGGCUUUGUCGAAGGAGGAAAAGGAAGAACUGGAGAGGCGAAAGAAGGAGGAAAGACAAUCAAAUCCAUUUUAUCUCGCAGAGGAAGAAGUGCAAGCCAGGACCAACAAUGAUUUGUUAGACUUCGAAGAAAAUGCACAUGAUGAACAAAGCGCCAAUGUGAUCCGAUUAAAUAGAACAGCGAACGUUACAGGUCCAGAUGAAUUCGAUAAAAGCCAAACAAAGAGUAAGAAGAAAAAGAGAUCAACUAAGAGAGUGGAAAUCCUGCCCGAUGAAGUGAUUCAAGCAAGCAAUGGAGAUGCUACGAUUCCCGGUUCUGACAUGAAGCCCUCACGAAGCUCUCCUUCAAUCUCAUCGCUGACUUCCUCCAACAAAAAGAUCAAUUUAAGAACCCAAAAUAAAUUGGAAAAUUUCGACUUUUCAAAGCCCAAGGCUUCUUCCGUGCUUCUCGGCAAUGCUGCCGAGGCUUCUGGGAGCCAAGAUGAGCAAGUGGAACUGGAGAAGCUUAGACAAAAGUUCGCCAACCAGGCUCUUGUCGGGCCCACCGACGGCAACAGCGAUGAAGAGGUGGUUGUCAUAAAGAAAAAGAAGAAGAAUUCGAGCAAGAAAAAGCGUAAGGAAUCAUCUAAGACAAAUUCAACGCCGGCGAACGAUGAACCUGAUAUUCUGGAACAGUAA